UUUAUGGUUGGCCGCAGAACUCCCCCGGCUGUCGUACCGUGCCCACCUCGCCAUGCUGGCCUGUCUGCAGAGGAGGCAGAACCCUCCACCCCAGCACCCGGUGUGUGUCAGCAAGAGCCUAGAGCCACCGCAAUCCCUCGGACGCAAAUGUGAGCUGGCGGUGCCCACACAUUCCCCCCGCUACCCCACCGCGGCGGAACUCGACACCUACGCUCAGAAGACGGCCAACAGCCCUCUGUCUAUCAAGAUCUUCCCCACCAACAUCAGGGUUCCCCAGCACAAGCACCUUAACCGGACUGUGAACGGAUAUGACACCACAGGCCAGCGCUACAGCCCCUACCCACACCUCCACACUGGGGGCUACCACGGCCUGCUCGCCAUUGUCAAGUCCUCUUCCUCCUCAUCAUUAUCAUCCACUUUUGUCCCAUCUAAAGGUGUUCUUAAGAACUCGGAAGGCAGACGGACUAAAUUGUCUCCAGCCCACAUUGCGGUCGCUCCUUACCCACCCAGUAGUAGCACUUUACUCAGUGGUCCCAGUCAGAUGGGGUACCACACGGGGCCCACUAAGCCUCCAGAGGGACCCGGGCUGUCAGUCCCCCCAAACGUCACUGUAGCUGGCUCGGUGAUUCCUGUUGCGGGUGGGCGUGGCCUAGCCCUCCCGGCGCAGUCCAACCUCCCGUCUAUCCAGAGCAUCAUUUACCAGAUCAACCAGCAUUGCCAAGCCCAGGCUUUGCAGCAGGUGUGUCAGGGGGCACCACCUUCCAAUUCCAGCCCCUCCAAGCAGGGCACAACAGUCAUGGGGGUCUCCUCCAGCUCCUCAGGUGGAGGUUAUGUCGUGGGAAUGGGCCCACAGCCCAACAUGGUGUACACAGGUCCGGCGAUGCCGCCUCAGAACGCGGAGGGGCUGAAGAACGGGGUGUACGCGGACAGCAUGGACUACAUCCUCUGGCAGAAGCAGCAGCAACAUCAUCAGCAUCAGCAGCAACAGGCCAUGUUGAGAAUGUACAGCGGGGGAAGCGGAGGGGGCGGAGCUAUCAGCAAGUCCCCUGAAAGCUGCAUUCCGGUCGGCGGAAUCAUGGCGGGGCAAGUCUCCUCAUCCAGACCCUACCACAUGACGGCAAGUGCCAGCGGCGGAGGCGGCAUGGACAAAGUCAGCUCCUCGCCUUUGAACUGCGUGGGCAUGCACGGGAAUUUUUCAGUGGGUCAGUACUUCGCCCCGCCGUGGAACAGUGUCCUGGUGACACCCGACAGUGACUGCUACAACCCCCAGGAGCUUCUAGCCUGCUCCACGGGCGGGUCGGUCACAGGGCACAGAGAAGUGGGCUACCCGCACCAUCCCUAUCACCACCACCACCACCACCACCAUCACCCCGCCAUCGACAGCGGCGGGCGCCUGUGCUGCAGCCUGCCCAGCAAGGGCAUGUGCAACACGUCCGUGCUGAGCAGCAGCUUGCAGUCUCUGGAAUACCUGAUUAACGACAUCCACCCACCCUGCAUAAAGGAGCAGAUGCUUGGCAAAGGCUACGAGACGGUGUCGGUGCCGCGCCUGCUCGACCACCAGCACGCACACAUCCGCCUCCCCGUUUACAGAUAGAGAAUCACAGGAAUCAAGCAGUGAAUUUGUGAAGAAAAAAAGUGAGCGCGUGCGGAUUUGCUUUAAGAGGUGCUGCUGCGUGACCUGAUCUUUGGCGGCGUGAGUCCUGGAAAAAAGAGCAAGUGGGACUGCAAAGGGAUUUCAAGAUGAUCCAUUGUGUGGUUUGCCAACAGGAAUUUUGGAUUGUUUUUUUGGUUUCUUUUUUUGAUGUUUUUACUUGCCUGAACUUUUCUCUCUUUUUGUUUUUCUGAUGGAAUCAUAGCUUGUCAUGAAGUGAAUAAGCCACUUGUCCACCCCCACCCCCUGCCCACCUUACAAAUACUAAGGAUGAAGCUACUGUGUAGGUUGUCACUGAAAUAAACGGUCUUAAAGGACUCAAGAUUAGGGCUGCUCACAACAUCCAAAACCCGUAAGCAGACGCUUGCAAAUGGAUGAAAUUUAUAGGCAGGACUCUAGCGUUCAAUAAUCAAGUCGGAUUAGCAAAAAGAUAUUACAUUAUUAUUGAUUAUUGCUGUUGUAAUUGAUACAUAAAUUGCACUGCUUGAAUCUUGUUUGGAAUUGGGUAGUUUGGAUAUAUUUAAGAAACUUGAAAAAACUUGAACCUAUUUUAUGUUGUUUUAUAGAUUUGUAGGUAUAUUAUUAUAUGCAUUGGCUGCUAUGGGGAAAAGUGUCUCUUAUGCUUUUUGUUUCCACUCGGUUUUUAUGAUUUUUAAUAUUCCUCUUAAAGCUAAUUUGCAGUUUCUUAUGUCCUAAUUUGAGGCAUAGUCGCUGCUUCUGUUCUGUAAGGACUUUAUUUAUAAGGACUUACCUGAGGGAGCUGGUUUGUCUAACCAACACUGGAAUCGACAAAAACGAAGGAGUAAUGGGGCGCACUGAAAAAAAUUGAAAUAAUACAUAACUUACCAAAUAAAUCCAUAAUGAGGAGAUUUUUAUUUCAAGAAAAUUUGUAAAAUUAUUUUAUUUAUUUUUAUUAUUUACUUGUCCUGUCCAGCCGUAUUGGGAAAUAAUAUUGUUGAUCGAGAUGCCUGUAUCUGCUGUACAGAUUUACUGUAGGCCUACUUUACAAAAUAGAAAUGUGAGGUACUGCUUUGUAUUUAACAUUAAUAAAUAUUUAAAUAGCCCUGCGAUGAGGUGGCGACUUAUCCAGGGUGUACGCCGCCUUCCGCCCGAAUGCAGCUGAGAUAGGCUCCAGCACCCCCCGCGACCCCGAACGGGACAAGCCGUAUAAAAUGGAUGGAUGGAAUAUUUAAAUAUAUAUAGUGUUUGGCACAUCGGCAAUGAGGCAGCAACUUGUCCAUGUUGCUUUCCGCCUGAGUGCAGCUGGGAUAGGCUCCAGCACCCCCGCGACCCUGAGAGGGACAAGCGGUAGAAAAUGGAUGGCAUGGAUAGUGUUUGGCACAUCCAGAACAACAACAGAACUAUAUCAGCAGAUACAAUAUAUACAAAUACGAUACCAGUAUUUAUACAAAAAAACUGAUUAGGGUAUUAGAAAGUAAUGAAUAUGGAUGGAUGGACUCAGUAUUAAUGAACAUUUUUACAUUACAAUUGAAACAAUCAUAUUAUCCAGGCUAUACAAUAUUACUAUUAUAAAAGCAUACCUUCAUUAAUGUUGAGGCUCUUGUCAAGUUACGCUUUGGGCGCCAGGUCGUCCAGAAACCGUAGGGUUGGCAGAUUUAUCCCAGCUUCCUCCAACCCGGUUAAUGCCGUUGUCUGGUUUAGCAGGACGCGUAACCCACCUUGCCUCAAGUGCAAGAAAUGAUGUGAACAAAUGUUUGUCAGAGAUCAGCAGUAGCCACGUUUCCAUCAGUCUACACCAGGGGUGUCCAAAGUGGAGCCCAGGGGCCAUUUGCGGCCCACAGCUAAUAUUAUCACUGCCAGCGGCACAUAAAAAAAAAUACCAAAAAGUGGAAUGACAGAAGAGAAAGUGAAGGUGCAGAAAAACAAGGAAUCCAACAGGAAGUAGAACCAAAAUAGGAGUACCGGGACAGAAAAAAAGAACACACAGGAAUAGCGAACAAAGUCAAAACUGUCAAAUGGGAUCAUGACAUGUUGAAAUGUUGACGCUAAUAACACGAAUCUGACAUGCAGGCUGUUUUUUUAAUGAAAUGUUAUUUUAUUUUUUAAUCAAAAUAUUAUACUAGUUUUUAAAGUGAAAAAUAUCAAAAGGCCCCUGCAUCCUUUUAUCUUUUCAGUCCGGUGCCCUGAGUAAAAAACAUUUUAGACCCCAUGGCGGCUCUGGCUACAGCUAGAGCUUACCGCCAUCAUAAGUGUGUUACUGUACACUGCAAAAAGUCAGUGUUCAAAAACAAGAAAAAAAAAUACAAAAAUGAGGGGUAUUUUAUUUGAACUAAGCAAAAUUAUCUGCCAAUAGAACAAUAAAAUUUGGCUUGUCAAGACUUUCCAAAACAAGUAAAAUUAGCUAACCUCAAUGAACCCAAAAUACCUUAAAAUAAGUAUAUUCUCACUAAUAACAAGUGCCCUUUUCAUGGUAGAAAAAAAAAAGAGACCUUUUUGCUCAAUAUGUUGAAAAAUGUUCUUAAAUUAAGUAAAUGCUAGUGCCAUUAUCUUGACAUAAUGAUAUGCGCUCGGCAUCAUGAUUUUUUUUUUUCAUGCUUGAAGUGAGAAAUUAUUACUUUAAAAAAGCAGUUUUAUACUUGUGAGUGUUGAUGACACAGCUUUGCAUCAGUUGAUAUUCUAGUUGCAAGCAUGUUUUACUCAAUAUAGGACAUAAAACCUCAGCAACAAGCUGUAAUGUCCUACUGAGAUAAUUUAGGACCAAAACCCUUAAAACAAGUAAAACACUCUAACAUAAAAUCUGCUUAAUCAGAAUAAUUAUCUUAUCAGACAGAAAAUAAGCAAAUAUCACCCUUAUUUGAGAUAUUUCAUCUUACUUAGAUUUCAAUUUUUGCAGUGUAUAACAGGUACUCAGUCUAAAGCGCUGGUCUAGAGAGACGCUAUAUAAAUCCAUAUUACUAUUAUUUUUAUUUUCAUUAUAGUACAGCGGGACCUCGGUCUUAGGUAUUAAUCUGUUCUAAAGAGUCAGUCGGAAAGCAAAUUGCACGAAAAUCCAAAUAAUUUCAAUAAUAAACAAUGUAAAUCCAAUUAAUUUGUUCCAGACACCCAUCCAGCCAUUAGGGUGGUUUGUAAGAUGGAGCCUAUUCCAGCUGACACCUUAGACUAGUCGCCAGUCAAUCAAUCGUAGGGCGUUCCAGACACUCAAAAAUGUUUUAUAGAAAAUAUAUAAAUGACAAAUUCAAUGGAUAAAAAUAACAUUUACCAUCACUUUUACAUUUAUUGAAGGGCUCUCUUUGACUAUCACUGUUCUGGCUGUAUGGUGGAUUAUUUUGCAGCUGUAUACUUAAAAAAAGCAUGACAAUUGUAAAUGUUUAAAUAGACUGCAAUCAGUUUUGUUGGGUUGGUUUUUUAUCAUCAAUCAACAUUAUUACCCUAAUUUCCAGACUAUAGAGCAUCGCUAAAUAUAAGCCGCGCCCACUUCAUUUUUGGACUAAUUUGAUUUUAGGCCGCACAGGUCUAUUAUCUGCAGGUGUACACAUUCAAACAUGAAAGCAGGCGCUUGUGUUCAUUCAUAAAUGUAACAAAAACAUGGCAUACCGGAAAAGUCAUUGAGCGCUGCCUUGGUCGUCCUCAAGCUGGGGCCACCGGGGUCGUCUUCUUCAGUCUCAAAGUCGAUUUUGUUUUUCUUUUCAGUGCUGCCCUAAUACUCCAUUGUAACAAUAUUGAAAAGGAACCUAAAAAAGGCAAGAAAUGUUACAAUGAGGAAUGUGACUGGGAGGUUACCGACAUAACGAUACAUGUAGGUGUGUUUAACGCAGAUAUGUUGCCGAGCGCAUGCGCACGCAGGUGUGUAUGUGUGUGUGUGUGUGCGAUUUUAGCUCUUCAAAAUCCUCAGACUUUUUAUUUGUCCGUGUGUGUGUGAUUUCAAGAUUUCUACCACAGUCCUAUAAACGUCAUAUCUGAGUAAUGUACAGAUCUCGCUCCCUUUUUUAAUGACUCCUUUCAAAGUCUGCCUUCUCUGUCAGGUUUAGCUACUGAAAAAAAAAAAGAAAAGAAAAAAAAAGCUGAAAGACGCAAGUCCUAUUUAGGGGGAGACACUAUUCCUUCGUCUUGCAAAUAGAAAAAGAAAACAAUCAUUUGCUCUCUUCUGGAUGAAAAGAGACAAGGGUCACUGCUUUUCCUUGUUCGUUUUAGCCCCUGGUCGGGCUGCAUUUAGCCCGGGCCGGUCUUAACUAGAUGAUUCAGAGCGGUGAAAUAUUUAUUAUGACUGUGAGAUUCCCUUGAAUGUACUGCACUUAAAUUACUGCGAUGUUUUAUUGCCUUGUGGGAUUCAAGAGAAAGAGGACAAAUUGGAUCAGUGCAGCAGACCUCUGGUCUUGAAACAAGCAUUUCUUUUGUCAGUGGAAUUUCAAUGCUAAAUUGAAUUUAUUAAAUAAAGAGACAAAUGGAGCUUUGUUGUGGGGGAAAUACUGGCAUCAGUCUAGAUUUAUGAAGUGCAAUUAUUAUGACUGUAUGAACAUUUUUUUCUCGAAGCUUACACCAAAAAAAAAAUGUAAACUACAGUUGUCAAUACAUUCCCAAUGUACCACACUCUAAUCCCUAUCCUUUUUAUUUUUGUUUUGUUUUGAGGUGUAAAAUAAAUCUCUUUAAGAAUAUAUCCACAGGCCAAAUCCUUGGCUUUGAUGUCUGUCAUUAUUUUUUUAUAGACCGAGGUCGAUUAAUCGACGAGUGAAAAUUAAUUAAUAAUAGUAUAUAUGUUUGUGUGUGUUUGUUUUCUUCACUC